CUGACCUUCUCUCAGUAAACACACGUUGGCUUGUAUUCUGAUUUAUUUUACUACAUUUAUUUUGUUAUUUUUUACAUAUAUAUACAGAAGUAGAUGUGAUCCUGUUUGUGGCUGUUAUCCAGUCUAGAUAUGUUGGUGUUAGUGGGACUUGCUGUGGUCCUGAUGCUGAAUUCUGUAUCUUCUCUUCCAGCUGGGUACCACAACCUUACUGAUGGGGCUAGUGAAGAACACAGGAAAGAGACAGCCAUUCACCAGACAUGCAAUAGUUCCAGUGACUGCCUGGAAAAUCAGUAUUGCCAUUCUACAGAUUAUACCACAGAAUGCCAAGAAUGUAAACCAAAGGAAAGGGAGUGUGAGCAAGAUGAUGAAUGCUGCUUUGGACAUACCUGCAUUUGGAGAAGGUGCACUGAAGUAGAUAGCAGUGAUGAGAUUGGGAGAAGCAUUGGUGAUAACGAGACAAACACUGGUGAUAAUGAGAUGGGCAAUGGUGAUAAUGAGACAGGCGCUGGUGAUACCGGGACAAGCAUUGGUGGUAACGAAACAAGCGAUGGUGAUAAUGAGACAGGCGUUGGUGAUAACUGGACAAGCAAUGAUGAAAACGAAACAAGAUGUGGUACAGGCAAAGACCCUUGCGCUCCUGGAUUCUGCUGCUCCAGAACAGAAAUGUCCCAGUUCCCAGUUUGCAUUCCUUUUCCAGCUGAAGGAGACCAAUGUGGAAACCAACUAAUAAAUUUUUUUGGCGAGGGUUCGGCCUUUGGUCCUCUUUCUGGCUAUUGUACUUGUACCGAGGGCCUGGUUUGCACCAGCAAAGGGUUGUUCCUAUCUCCUACUUGUGAGAAGCCAGAUGAUGUACUAGAUUUCACCGCCUACAGAAGUGAACACAUUUUGCAAACACUGGCGCCAUGGACUGUAAAGUAUGACAACUUAGCAAUGGGCCUACCUAAGGCUGCUGUAGAAAGUGGGAGAGAAGCUGAAAACGCUUUUAAUAUGCUUGGUGAUGUCAGGGUGGGUAGCUUGGAGAGUGAGAAGAACAUGCAAUUUGAAGAACAUGUUAAUGAACCCUCUGAGCCCAGUCAAGUUGAAUUUCAGGAACUUAAACAACUUGCCAAGCACAUGGGACAAUUUUUAGGUCCUGGGUUCUAUUGAUCUUCCGUUUGUUGUCUCUAAUAGGUUUGUAAAAAGAUUAUAUUUCAAAAACUUAUAGAGUUGUUCACUACAGUGGGAAAUAUAUUGAAUUCAAAAUGAAUUUUAAAUUGAAGGUCAACGUAAGUGAACUGGAACAAUAGAUGCCUUGGAGAAUUUUUCAGUUCAUCUCUUUUGCCAUAAAAUUUUAAAUUCACUUUCAAUUCACUUUCAAUUCCCACUUCAAUUCUCUCUUUAUUGAAAAGCACUGUUAGAUUACUUAUCUUUGAAAUUGUAAAGAUUAUCUAUUUUUGCUCAUUAUAGGUUUUUUGUUUGUUUGGCAAUAAAUAAUAUUAUAGCAUUAU